AUGGACUACACACAGCAGGUUAGUCAGGUUGUGGCCGCCGGCUGUUUUGGAGAUCUGAUUGAGUUCUCCUACCCCAUUGGAUACUCGCACUGGGGCGUCUAUGAUGGAGAUGAAUACGUUGUCCAUUUUGCUGUGGCAGAUGAGGGAGAACUGAAGAGAAUGUUCCGCAACUCUCUCCAAACGAUGUUCCCCGUGUGCGGUGACCUUCUGCUUGGUGAGACGCGGAUACAGCGGCAGUUGCUGUUGGAUGUCAAUGUGCCCAAAGGGGCACAGGUCAUUAUCAGCAACAACCAGCAUGGACGGGAACCAUCAUCUGAAGAGGACAUGAGGCAUAGGUGUAAUGCCUUGCUCAACAAGGAGUUGCCUUACAAGCUGUUCACUUUAAAUUGUGAGCACUUUGCCACCUUCGUACGAUACGGGGAGGCUGUAUGCAACCAGAUUCCAGGAAGAGCUAGAAACAAAGAAUGUGAAGGGGCAACAAAGGUUUUCAGAGACAUUGUUGAUCUUUACUAUUCCUGA